CGAUUCCUUUUCCUUCUUCAAUCCUCAUCUCAUUCGGCUGUCUGGCUCUGGAAGUAUUGCAUCGACAUUGUUCAUUUGAGAUACUUUUCGGUAAAAUGUCUCUAGGAUUGUGAUGAUUAUUGCAAAUUGAGUAUUUUUAUUGAUUUGGUUUUAAAUUAAUCUUUUACAAUGUCAGAAAUGCCAGAGAUAGGUAGUAAAAUCAGUUUAAUAUCAAAAGCUGAUAUUAGGUACGAAGGAAACUUGUUUACAGUCAAUCCUACUGAAUGCACAAUCGCCUUAGCUAAUGUUCGUUCAUUUGGAACCGAAGACCGUGAAGUUGAAAAUGUUGUACCAGCACACUCCGGAACCUACGAGUUCAUCAUGUUUAGAGGAUCGGAUAUCAAAGAUAUCAAGGUGGUUAGCAAUCAAAUGCCCAUGAAUGAUCCUGCAAUUGUCGACUACACAGGAGGUCCAUCGUCGAUGAAGGCACCCGGCUACCAUCACCAGCCACCCUCCCAGCUGCACCAUGACUCGUACAACCCGAUGACGUCAUCGGCGUUCCCGCAGGCCGGCGGCCUCUACAACCCCAUGGCGGGCAUGGGACGUACCAUCAUGAAGCCGCAACAACUCCAACAACAGAGUGAGUUGAUACAACUGCAGCAACAACAGCAGCAGCAGCAACAACUGCACCAACAGCAACAACAUCUUGUUGCGCAACAACUUCAGUCCCCCUUGCAACCACAACCGCCGCCCCCCGUACAGCAACAACCGCCCAAAGAACCUGAGCCGUCUGGAGCCAUUUUGGAUCUGAUCAGCGGUGGCGGAGGUUCGCGCUCGUCGACACCCGGCCUGCUGAGCGGCUCGAGUCGCAAGUCGCCGACCAUCGACCAGGGUAUCCAGGUGACCGGUCACCACAAGGGGGGUGUCCUUCGGCGGACAGCAGCACCUCAAGGACGACAACAAACGCGUCAACAACCGACAGGAUGGUUACAACUAAAUAGGCGAGGUGGCGGCAGUGGAACGAUUGGCGACGGGGGGUACAACAAGUCGAGAGGAGGAGGCCGAGGAGGGGGCAACAAUAGCGGCGGGGGAGGGGGAGAUAACAAGGAGUAUCGUCCGCAGAGGAGGGAGACGUUCUCUCUCAAUCACAUCCGACCUAGCAUGCAGGAUCAACAGGGUGGGGGCGGCAUGAGACAACAACAUCAGCAGCAGAACAACAGAGACAGAGACAACCAGCAACAACAACACCAGAGAGGCGGCUGGGGCGGCCAAAGAGGCGGCAAUCAGGGCGGCUACAACAACCAGGGAGGCGGCAACCAAGGCCAGGGGGGCAACCGACAGAGGGGCCGCGGGGGCGGACGCUCGCAGCAGGGGGCGGGCAACUUCAACCGGGCGCCUGGCCAACAGUUGCAGCCGGGUAACAAUGCGCAAAAGAACAAAUUGAAAUUUGAAAGUGACUACGACUUCGACAAGGCAAACAACGAGUUUGAGGAACUUAGGAGUCAGAUUGCCAAAGUGAAAAUUGGAGAUUCGGACACGACACCGGCGGAAGCGGUGAACGGGGACGCCGCGGCGACAGUGACAGAGAAGAAGGAUGACUCAGCCGCCGGCAACGAGACAGGAGAGGGGGGUGGUGAGCAUCACGAGGAGGGCGGAGAGGGGGAUGCGAAUGCUCCCAUCUACUAUGACAAGGCCAAGUCAUUCUUUGACAAUAUCAGCUGUGAGGCUGUCGAACGCAGCAAGGGUCGUUCGCAGCGCACCGAUUGGCGUACCGAGCGCAAGCUGAACUCGGAGACGUUUGGCGUGGCGUCGGCGCGACGCGGCAACUUCAGGGGCCGAGGCGGCUACUACGGGGGCGGCGGCAGGGGCGGCAACCAGGGCUACCACCGCGGGGGCGGCUACAACAACCGCAACUACAACAACAACCACAACUGGCAGCGCUACAACAACCGCAGUCUGCAUCAGCCGUUGGCCGCCGGCAGUGGCGAUCCAGCAUAAUCCAAACGAGCACGAUCGAAGAUAUGAGAGUAAUGGCUUUAUAGGCGGCAUGCAGACUGAGUAAAGAGUGUAUUAGCAACGAAAAGAAGUGAUUUUAAGUUUGAAAAGAACAGUGUUUUAGGCAGAGAUCAGACAGAAAGAGACAGGACGAGUGUAGCAAUAUUCGACAACUUUCUCUCUCUCUCAUAGGAAUGUAAGGCAAUUUGUGUUGGUAGUCACAGGGAGACUCUUGUGAGUGGAUUUGGAAAGGAUGGUAUCCCUGAAGGGAAGAAGCUGGAUUUCGCAAUAGUAGCGUAAAAUGAGAGAGUAGGUUGUUAACAAGAAUGAAGGAUUUUAUUUUGUUUUAGUUCGUUUUUUUUAUAAAAAAUUAGGUGUGGAGUCUGUAUGUCGUCGACAACCUUAUCGAGGGGAUAAUGGUGUCUUGACUAGUUUUGGAAAUGACUGUACAAUGUAUUUAGUAUUUUUAAUCAGAAUUGGAGGGUUGAAGGAUCGGGGAAACUAGUAACGCUGGAGAAGUUGUAUGUCUUUUACUGCUCAGCUAGCAAAAAAUGUUUGCUUGUGACAGAAAAAGAGUUUGGUACUUUUUUGUUUGUUGUUAGAUACACUGAAGUUUUAUUUUCUAUCUGAGCAGUAAAACAUACAUUUUUAAACGUUUUAAACUGGUUUCCCCUAUCGCUCAGCCCUGCAAUUCUCACCAUUAGAAUGUUAUCAGUGGGGUAAAACUGACAAGUCGAACAUAAAUUGAGAAUUUAUUGACAGCUUGAAGCGGUCUGUUGGGUAACCUCACACAUGAUAUCAUCUCUUUUCACUCUAGUUUUUAAUUGUUAAGAUUUCAUUUAUCAAUGAAUUUGAAUGAUUUUCUUUUUUUAACGAUUCGACUUGCUAAUUUUGGUUCUUAUUUAUUUUCCCAUGUUAAUGAGUUGAUUAAUUAUUUUUGUUCAAGUUAUUACCCCGCCCCCCUUCCACCACACUGUUAUUACACAGAUUAUAUCAAUUUGAUUGAUAUUAUUGUAAUUUUAAUUUAAAUUUCCAGAGAAUUAAGAUCCAUCUACCACCUUUGAAUAUGUUUUAAGGCUAUUGAUGGAUGCUAUUUUCUUCUAGUAGACUUGUAUAUCGCAUGUUUAUUCAGUUGUGUAAUAAUUAUUAUGAUCAUUUAUUUAAGUAGAAAUGCAAUUUUAAUAAUGUGUAUUAAGCAACUGUUGAAAUGAAAUGAAAUGGUGGCUAAUAAUUAAAUAUUUAUUAUCAGAAUGAGAAAAUAAUACUCGAAGGGAGACUGACGACCAAUUACUAUCGGAAAAAUGAUUUUCCAAAAAUCGGAAAAACUAUUUUCAGUCCUGAUACUACUGUAGUUGGCGAAAGGAAGUACUUUGCACAAAUGUGAUAAUUUUAUUAUUAAAAUAGAUGUUAUAACAUGAUGUGACAUAAGGUUGCCAGUUAGCUAAACCUCGUUUUUAUUUGAUAUAAUAAUAAAACAUAGUAAUUAAUAAAAUACUAUUUAUUCUAAGAAAACUAUAUUUAUAAGAGUUGUUGAUUUUAUCGUUUCUUUUCUCGGCCGCAUCUAUCGAAAAUGAAAUUUAUAAUAUAUGAUUUUGUACUUCCUAUUUUUUGAUUUAAUAAAACUGCCAUCAUAAGCA